AUCUUCACCUAUAACAAUGGCAUCGCUGAAAAAGGAUGUUCAUGAUAGCGAGCAAGCCUUGUUUAACCCAAACUGUAUUACGAAGAACCUUCUAGAGGAUAUAAAACGUAGAUGCCAAUGCGACAAAGACGUUACUGUGGACUUGUCAGAUGAACUUGGCAAUGUUCAAAAUCUUAUAGAACAUGGUAGAAAAUAUGCAAACGAUGUUCUAAAACCUAGAGGAACUUUUGUGCUUAUCAGAGUAGAAAAAAAAGAGGGAUCAGAGAGUCCAUUAUAUACGCCCAUGCUGAAUAACAUAGAGGUGGUAACAUCUUCUUUUAGAGAACGUCUCAGUAGGCCAGAGAGCAAUGCAAGCCAAAGAAACUCUGAAAGUCGACAAAGAAGAAAGUCUAGUGGCUCAUCUUGGUCUAAAGCAAAAGCUAGUGUGCUCAUGGCCAGUGGAAGUAGUAAAUCAAGAAAAGCAUCAAGAAAUGAAAAACGUGUACAGAUAUCUAGAGAAAAUGGAAAAUUGGGAAUGACUCUUUGAAUAGACCUCUUUAGCUUCAUAUAUAAAUUGCCCAUUCCAGAUCACGACAUUCCCCUGAGAAUUGUUCUUUUAUGACUUACAUGUUAAAAUAUUUGCAUAUGAAUGAAUCAACCCCCAAAAGUGGCAUCACAUGGUCUGAAAUGUGCACAACAAACAACAAAGCUAAAGAAGUCUAUUGGCCAUUACCCCCAUUGUCUCAGUACAGGGUGAUAAGGGUUAUUUCAUGAAUUUUCAUCAUUUUGUUAUAUGAGUGGAUCAUUUUUAUUGCUAUUUUAUUGUUUUGUGUGGCAUGGGAAAUCAAAGUAAUGUCACAUUGGAACAGAAUUUUGUUCCCCUGUGGGUGCCCUGUUUAUUUAAAUGACAUAUUCUUGUGUACUGUAAAAUUGUCUAAAGCUGGUAAUUCUCAAGUGAAAUGAUUUUAUUGUUCAUGAGUCAUUGACAGCACUCCAAUCCAUUCAAAAAACUUUGAAUUGCCUAAAAAUGGCCUUAUAGAGUUGUUACUCAGUGGAGUUUAGUAAGAAGGGGGAAGGGAACUACUCUGUUGUUUUCCCAAGUUCUCUUUAACAUUAUUAUUUAAGAGAAAAGCGUAGAAUUAUUUGUUCUGAAGCUUAACUUACGAGUUUAAAGAUAUCAAUUUAGAUUUUAAUGUUCAAGUAUUUAUAAAAGAUAUAUAAAUAUCUUUGGAUGACACUUAUAUAUAUAGUAUGCAUACUCAAAAGGUGAGC